AUGAAUUUGUCUACAAGCGAGCCAAUAGAGCCAGCUCCACCAGACAUGCUGGACGAGGACCAAUUUGAAGAAUCAUCAGACUAUGGCGAGUCACUUGCGUCUUCAGGCUUCACAUCACUUGCUUCUCGGGUCAUGAGGCAUUCACAUGAAGGUGGAAGACGCUAUCAAUCCUUCUUGCAGGGGAUAUACCCCCUUCCAAAUGAUGAGACGGAACAGUUUCGUGAGGAGAUGAAGCAUCAAUUGAUCAAACGUCUUCUUGACGGCAAUGACUACCUCUCCCCCAUUAACAUCAGCCCGCAGAAGAUAUUGGAUGUUGGCACUGGUACAGGUCUUUGGGCUGUCGAAGUCGCCGAUAAGUUCCCAAGUGCACAUGUCAUUGGUGUAGACAUUUCGCCGAUUCAGAACUCAUAUGCACCUCAAAAUGUCGACUGGAGGAUCGAUGACAUUGAAGAAAGCUGGUCUCAACUUUAUUCUGGCCUUGACUUUGUUCACUUUAGGUCAGUCAGUGUGACCCUUCGAGACCCGGUCAAGGUCAUCAAGUCGGCGUACCAAAAUCUGAAACCGGGAGGGUGGAUUGAAUUCCAGGACGCCGGCGUGAACAUUGGGUGUGAUGACGGUACAUUACCUGAAGAUUAUGCGCCGGUAAAAUUUAUGGACUUGUUUAUCCGCACUUUCCGAAUUCAUUUUUCUUGGGACUUGGAGGUCCCUCUUGUGCUUCCCGAAAUGCUGAGAAGUACCGGGUUUACAAAUAUUCAUUGUCGGACGCACAAAAUGCCCAUCGGGCCAUGGGCGAAGGACCGGCACCAGCGAGAAAUCGGCCUAUUCCUAAGCAAGGAUGUAUUGUGGCAACUUGUCCGCGCUGUGCUUGUCAAAUGGCCACAAAUGGGCUUAUCAAAGCAGGAAGCCGAUACCAUGGAACAGGAUAUCCGAAGGGCGUUCCACGACACACGAAUACAUGCCUAUCUGCCUUGGAUAUCUGUCUGGGCCCAAAAACCCUACAGCUGA